AUGGCAGGAAAGGAUUGGCUGCAAGGAUUCAUGUCUCGCAACCCACAACUUUCUAUUCGAACCCCACAAGCCACCAGUGUAAGCAGAGCUGUUGGCUUCAAUAAACCAAAGUUAAAGUUUUUUUCAGUAUACAAGUCAUUAUUUGAGGAACAUAAGUUUUUAGCCAAACAGCUCUGGAAUAUAGAUGAAACUGGAAUAACAAAUGUCCAUAAGCCAGGAAAAAUAAUUGCAACAAAGGGAAAACAACAAGUUUCAAAAAUAACUAGUGGAGAAAGAGGUGCUACUGUCACUGUCGUGUGUGCAAUGAGUACAAGUGGUGUUUAUGUCCCACCAUUACUUAUGUUCCCCCAUAAGCGAAUGACUGAAAGGCUGGCUUUUGGUGCACCUUCAGGGUCAAUUGUUAGAGUUAGCUCCAGUGGAUGGACAGAUUCAUCUUUAUUCGUCGAAUGGUUAACACAUUUUGUCACUGUGACUCAUGCAUCUAAAAUAAUGAGCAAUUAA